AUGUUGGACACAAACUUCUCAAUCGUAGACUAUUUAGUGUUUGUGUCGCUAUUGAUCGCCUCAUCACUAAUCGGAGUAUACUUUUGGUACAAAUCGCGAAAAACAGCCACAAAUGCCGAGUACUUGAUCGGUAACCGGCAACUAAGUCUCGUCCCGGUCAUAAUGUCUAUGGCGGCCACCUUUAUGUCCACUAAUACACUGCUGGGAAUGCCGGCUGAGGUAUACCAAGUGGGCACUCAAGUGUGGUUGACAGCAGUUUCAUGUAUUAUAGCCGUUGUAUUGACGGCUGAAGUUUUUGUUCCUAUUUAUUAUUCAAUGGGAUUCAUAAGUGUUAAUGAGUAUUUAGGAAAACGAUUUGACGCCGACUAUAUGCGCUUAGCCGAUCCCUUAUUUGGCGACUGUAUUGUAUGGGCCGGCAGUGGCACUCAGUGCAGUGACACCGCUAUCAAUACCUAUGGAGGCAUAAAAGCGGUCAUUUGGACGGAUGUAUUGCAGGGCUCACUCAUGAUUUUGGGAGUGCUUGUGGUUAUCGUAACAGGUAUCAUAGAAAUGGGUGGUCUGAAGGAGUUGUGGGACAUAAACGAGCGAGGUGGUCGACUCAAGUUUUUUAAUAUGAAAGUAGAUAUCUAUAAUCACGACAACUUCUGGAAUGUAUUGAUUGGGACGACCGUUAACUGGUCGGGAGCUUACUGUAUAUCACAACAACAGAUACAACGCUAUUGUAAUGUGGGUUCACCACAAAAGGGACGCCGGGCGUUGUAUUGGAACCUCCCGGGGCUCAUAGUAUUCAUAGUGAUGUCCAUAACGUGUGGCAUGGUCAUAUACGCCAAAUACCACGCGUGUGACCCUGUUACUUUGGGUCUGAUUAAAAGGCACGACCAACUCAUGCCGUAUUAUGUUAUGGACACUCUAUCUCAAUACCCAGGACUACCGGGCCUUUUUGUUGCAUGUGCGUUUAGUGGAGCGCUCAGCACCCUAUCGUCGGGAUAUAACUCAUUGGCGGCCAUCACUUGGGAGGACCUCAUUAAGGAUCGCGUGAAACUCAAAAAUGAAAGCCAGGCACUCCUUGUCUCUAAAUUAAUUGCCAUGUCGUACGGACUUAUAAUAAUUGGAUUUGCGUUUCUCGUGGGAAAAGCCGGGACAGUAAUGCAGGCGGCUAUGGCUAUAAGCGGCGCAAUGGGUGGUCCUAUAUUUGCCUUAUAUCUUGUCGGCAUAUUCUAUCCGUACGCCACCGCACCGGGCGCAUUAAUAGGAUUUCUGAGUGGAUAUGGCGUUAACUCAGUCCUAGCCAUCGGUUCGUUGGUUAUGCCGCGACCGAAAGUGUCGUUACCGACUACUCUAGACCACUGUCCGGUGGAAGUCAUCCAAAGUGUGUUCACCCGAUUUGAAACACUACCCAACUCUACGUAUAUCCCGUCCUAUGAUAACGUGGAAGGUUUGGGUCAAUUCUUUCACAUCUCAUACCUAUUGCUGUCAACCAUUGGAUUCACGAUAUGUAUUGUCGUAUCAGUGUUGGCCAGUCUAUGCAUAGGUAAACAAAUCAAAACACUCGAUACAAAGCUGAUGUCACCGAUCGUUAAAUAUCAAAAAUCCAAUGAAAUCGAGACAAUAGAUGCCACGAAUAUCUCGGUGCCCAACGACACACCAAAUAUAUAUCAACCAAAUAUUACACAUAAAGUGACCAGUGGCGCAUUAAUAGGAUUUCUGUGUGGAUAUGGCGUUAGCACAGUCCUAGCCAUCGGUUCAUUGGUUAUGCCGCGACCGAAGGUGUCGUUACCGACUACUCUAGACAACUGUCCCGUGGAUGUCAUCCAAAGUGUGUUCACCCGAUUUGAAACACUACCCAACUCUACGUACAUCCCGUCCUAUGAUAACGUGGAAGGUUUGGGUCAAUUCUUUCACAUCUCAUACCUAUUGCUGUCAACCAUUGGAUUCACGAUAUGUAUUGUCGUAUCAGUGUUGACCAGUCUAUGCAUAGGUAAACAAAUCAAAACACUCGAUACAAAGAUGAUGUCACCGAUUAUCAAAUAUAUAUUUCCCGGUAGUUGCGCCCAACAUAAGCAAAAAUCCAAUGAAAUCGAGACAAUUGAUGCCACGUAUGUCUCGGAGCCCAAUGACACACCAAAUAUAAGUCAACCACAUAUUACACAUGAAGUGACCAGUGUUAUAUAAUACUAAUAUACUGAGUAAAUAAUAUAUUAUAUCUCACUAUUUUAUACAGU